AGUCUCUCUUCUUUGUUCUUUUCUUUCACACUUCAUCAUACCGCACUUCUCUCUCUUCUUUCUUUCUUUCUCUUUUUUUCCUCAGUCAUAAGUUUCGCGAUAUUUCACACCGCAGAAGGAUUCUCUGGUUUCCUGACUCUUGCAACGUCGUCGGCUACCCAGCUUUACCUCGCUGUGUGUAGACCCUGCUGAGCUUCCUUCUGACCUAUCGUCUAGACCUCAUUCUUCUAACCUCAUUUAUAUCCCUUCUGUCAUUUUGUCAUCAUUUCCGACAUCAUCACGGCGAACAACAUGUCGGCCUUUGAGGAAUUUCAUCACGAAGAACGAGUGACGCUCAUCGAAAAUCUGGAUCGAGCCCUCUCCGGAAUGGCCAAGCUGAGCAGCGCAACCUGGGCAUGUCUCUGGCUUUCAGAUAUAGAAAAACUGCGAGGCUUCGUAACUCGUGCAGAGACAUGCCCCGAGGAUAUUCUUCAGCAGCUCGAGAAUCAUGAUGUUGAGCAUCUGAGGAAGUGGACGUCUCCUCGUGUUCCUGCCUCCACCGCAACCUCCACCACCACAGUUCCUCGAAAACGCACAGCGACAGAGAGUCCCACGCGGCUGCCUCGACCAGUUCAGUCGUCGGUCACAAACCAGCGCUCCGAGGCUGCGAAGAAUGCCUGUUCAGAGAGAGACAGGGGUGCUUGCAUUAUCGAAAAGGUGCAAGACCCCGUAGACAAAUGUCACAUUUUCCCCUUUGCCCUCGGAAAAGAACCGGAGGGAUCGACGCAAUUCCUCUUUUGGGCUAGGCUCAAAACCUAUUGGAGUGCUGCGAAGAUAGAAGCAUGGAAGAGACAAGUGACGGGCCGUGAUCGCACCGAACAUUGUGCAAAUUUGAUAUGUCUCUCUCCGUCGGCCCAUCGUUUAUGGGGCAAAGCAAGAUUCGCAUUGAAGCCUUUCGAACCUUCGGAGGACAAAAAAAAGAUGGACCUCCAGUUUUUUUGGAUGCCCACAUACCAAUAUGCCAAAAUCGCUCGGUUGACUACGCCCCCAUCGAUUCCCUCUGAUCUAAGACAUGGCAACUUGAACGCGAAACUGUGGAACGGCGAUCAAGACAAAUGUAUUUUGUCUGGAGACAUAAUUACAAUCACCACAGAGGACCCGGAGAACCACCCAUUGCCGUCGUUCGAGCUGUUACAAAUGCAAUGGGUCUUGAACAGAGUUGUUGCUAUCAGUGGCGCAGCAGAUGUGACUGACGACGAACUAGACGAUGAUGACGAUGCGUCAGGUGAUAUGUAUCCUCUUCUGGAGGAGACACUGUCGUCCCCCUCGAUGUCGGCUGUAUUUUCCCAACCAGCUUCUCGACAGCCGUCUCAAUCUCCGUCACGACAGCGCGGGACCAAAGAAAACCAAUCGCCUCAAAGGUCUUCUUCGAAGGUUAGAGAGUUGCACGACACUUCCUCCACUAGUCCUCGACGCCUUCCUCUUCGCUGAUUUCUUUUCCCCGGGAUCACUCACGGUUCUAUGAAGUUUAUUCCUGGUUCUUUUAGAAUGCUCAUUUUACACACUCACAGAUUUGUAUUAAGUAGCUUAUGAUAACA